AUGCUCAAUGCUAAAGGCGCAGAGAACCACCGGGACCAUGUUGAAGGACGUGGCUGGGAAGGAGCAGGGAAUAACAGGCAGGUUUCAGUCAAGAAAGGUCUNUGGGACGCCGAGGCCGAGGCGGCGGCCGGCGCGGGCGGCGCGGGCGGCGGCCCCUGCGCCUGGCGGGUGGUGGCCGUGUCCUCCGCGCGCCUGUGCGCCCGCUACCAGCGCGGCGAGUGCCAGGCCUGCGACCAGCUGCACCUCUGCCGCCGCCACAUGCUGGGCAAGUGCCCGAACCGCGACUGCUGGUCUACCUGUACCCUUUCCCAUGAUAUCCACACACCCAUCAACAUCCAAGUUCUGAAAAACCAUGGGCUUUUUGGCCUCAACGAGGCCCAGCUUCGGAUCCUGCUUUUACAGAAUGACCCGUGCCUUUUACCAGAGGUGUGUUUGCUGUACAACAAAGGGGAAGCGCUGCAUGGCUACUGCAACAUGAAGGAGAAGUGCAACAAGUUUCACGUGUGCAAGUCCUUUGUCAGAGGGGAGUGCAGACUUCAGAAAUGCAAACGGUCCCAUCAGCUCAUUCAUGCCGCAGCCCUGAAGCUGCUGCAGGACCAAGGACUGAGUGUCCCAAGUGUCGUUAAUUUUCAGAUAAUCUCUACCUACAAGCAUAUGAAGCUGCACAAGGUGCUUGAAAGUCAAGGGAAUUCAGCUUCUGCUGAGUGUUCCCAGGGCCUUGAGGAACCAGGAGUACACGUAGCCGGCGCUCCAGAGGCCAGCCCUCUGGUACCCGGCCCCGCUCAGUCAGCCAAGAAACCACAUGCAGGUAAACCUUAA